UUAAUUCAUCCCUGGCUCCAGUUGAAGCUCAGAAGCAGCCCUCCAGGCACGAGAGAAAGGAUGAAGACCCCCAUCCCCCUCCACGCCUGGGGCAUCAGGCUGACCCUGCUCUGGCUGCUGGCUGCCCUCCAGGCCUCCUCUGCCCAGCAGAAGGGCAUCGACAUCUACAGCCUCACUGUGGACUCCAAGGUCUCGUCCCGCUUUGCCCACACGGUUGUCACCAGCCGGGUGGUCAACAGGGCAGACUCGAUGCAGGAAGUCACCUUCCAGAUGGAACUGCCCAAGAAUGCCUUCAUCACCAACUUCUCCAUGAUCAUCGAUGGGGUGAGUUACCCCGGGAACAUCAAGGAGAAGGCUGCAGCCCAGGAGCAGUACAGCGCGGCCGUGGCCAGGGGCGAGAGCGCCGGCCUCGUCAAGGCCACCGGGAGAAAGAUGGAGCAGUUCCAGGUGUCGGUGAGCGUGGCUCCUGCUGCCAAGGUCACCUUUGAGCUGACAUACGAGGAGCUGCUGAAGCGGCGCCUGGGCGUCUACGAGCUGCUGCUUAAAGUCCGGCCCCAGCAGCUGGUCAAACACCUGCAGAUGGACAUUCACAUCUUCGAGCCUCAAGGCAUCCGCUUCCUGGACACAGAGAGCUCCUUCAUGACCAACGAGCUGGCGGAGGCCCUCACCACCUCGCAGAACGCCACCAAGGCACACAUCCACUUCAAGCCCACGCUCACCCAGCAGCAAAAGUCGCCGGGGCGGCAGGACACGAUCCUGGAUGGCAACUUCAUUGUCCGCUAUGAUGUGAACCGGACCACUGCUGGGGGCUCCAUCCAGAUCGAGAAUGGCUACUUCGUACACUACUUUGCCCCUGACGGCCUGCCCACUAUCCCCAAGAAUGUGAUCUUUGUCAUUGAUAAGAGCGGCUCCAUGUGGGGCAGAAAAAUCGAGCAGACUCGGGAAGCCCUGAUCAAGAUCCUAGACGACCUCAACCCCAAAGACCAGUUCAACCUCAUCGUCUUCAACAGAGAGGCAACGCCGUGGAAGCCGUCCCUGGUGCCGGCCUCGGCCGAGCAUAUCAAGCAGGCCAGGACCUAUGCCUCCGGCAUCCAGGCCAUGGGAGGGACCAACAUCAAUGAUGCGGUGCUGAUGGGUGUGCAGAUGCUGGACAAAGCCAACCGGGAGGAGACGGUGCCCGCCAGCAGUGUCUCCAUCCUCAUCCUGCUCACAGACGGCGACCCCACAGCAGGCGAGACCAACCCUGAGAGAAUCCAGAAGAACGUGCAGGAGGCCAUCAGCGGCCGGUACGUCCUCUUCUGCCUGGGCUUCGGCUUUGACGUGAGCUACUCCUUCCUGGAGAAGCUGGCUCUGAGCAACGGCGGCCUGGCCCGGCGCAUCUACGAGGACUCGGACUCCAAUCUGCAGCUCCAGGACUUCUACCAGGAGGUGGCCAACCCACUGCUGAUGUCGGUGGCCUUCCAGUACCCCAGCAACGCCGUCGAGGAGGUCACACAGGACAACUUCGGCCUGCUUUUCAAGGGCUCUGAGAUGGUGGUGGCUGGGAAGCUGCGGGACCAGAGCCCUGACUUGCUCUCAGCCAAAAUCAGUGGGCAGCUGUCCAUGCAGAACAUCUCUUUCCUGUCGGAAUCCAGUGCUGCGGAGCAGGAGCUGCGGUUCCAGAGUGUCAAGUACAUCUUCCACAACUUCAUGGAGAGACUCUGGGCCUAUCUAACUAUCCAGCAGCUCCUGGAGCAGCGUGUUGCCGCGGCCGAUGCUAAGAAGGCAGCCCUGGAAGCCCGGGCUCUGGGCCUGUCGCUCAACUACAGCUUUGUCACCCCUCUCACGUCCAUGGUGGUCACCAAGCCUGAAGGCCAAGAACAGUCUCAAGUUGCUGAGAAGCCUGUGGAAAACGAAAACAGGCACAAGAUAAUCAUGCCAGGUCAGAAUAUGUUAAGAUCUCAGACCAUGGGAAGACCAAUGUCCAAACCAAAAGGUGCUGUUAUAGGUGAAGUAAACGGCUAUCCACUGAGAGUUGGUUUACGUGGACCUCCCGGAGACCCUAGACAUUUUGACAGAGAUGUUUUCUUAAACAGACUCGUAAGUGGAAGAGCUUCACUGACACCUGAUUCAGGACUACAGAUCUUACCUAGAGUGAGGGACCAUCCUGACAGGGACACAGGUUUGAAAGAAGCAACCACGGAAUCCUCACCCCCACCCUCCACCCCAGCUCCACUCUUCAUCCUGCCGCUGCCCGGGCAGGAAAUGGAGCAUCUCUGUGUGGACAUCAGCCACUCGGAGGGGCCCGUGAACCUGCUCUCGGACCCUGACCAAAGGGUUGAAGUGACUGGCCAGUAUGAUGCACAGAAGGCCCAGUUUACGUGGCUGGAGGUGCAAUUCAAGGAUCUUCAGCUGGUGGUCUUAGCAUCCCCAGAACACGUGGUGGUGACCCAAGGAAAGAGAAACUCUGAGUACAAGUGGGAGGCCACGCUGUUCCUGGACAUGCGCAGCCUAAAGAUGACCAUGGACAAGGGUGGCCCCCUGCUGUUCAGCAGCCCCGACAAAGUGACCAUCGGCCUGCUGCACUGGAAUGGCCCCGGGCAGGGGCUCAGACUCCUUCUUCAGGACACUGAUCGCUUCUCCAGCCGUGUUGGUGGAAUGCUAGGCCAGUUUUACCAGAAUAUCGUCUGGGAGCCGCCAGCAGCGGACGAUAACAAGUGGACACUGAGUGUCCAGGGUAGUAACCACUCUGCCAUCAGAGAGCACAGGCUGGACUACCAUGGGGGCCUCCCGGGAACAGAGAUCUCCUGCUGGUCUGUGGUGCUAUAGUUGUGAUGGGAAGAGUCGCCCACUCCCGGCACAGUCGCCGUCUUCCUGUGACCACAGGGCCUCCCACGGGGCCUGCACUAUGAGGAGAAGGAGGAGGAGGAGUAGUAUUUCAUUACUAAUAAACAAACAAACAAACAAAAAACAGACAAA